CGCACUUUGCAGACGGUCCCUGCGGACUUGUCUCUCAGACGCCAGCGCAUUGAGAUCAAUGUAUUUUGUACAGAGCGGAGGAAAGCUUGUUUUGAGGAAAACUCGCUUGUAGCUCGUUUUCUACAUCACUGCGAAAGAAAAGAGGCGUCAAUUUUGUAGUAAAACAUUUUGCUCGUGAGUUAUUGAUCCAGAAGCCAGAAGUCGAGUCUGUGAAUAUCUUGCUAGCUUUACCGAGCUCCGAAUCAAAGAGUAAACACGGUGCAAAUAAGAGAUGUGUCGUGGCGUGCAGAAACCCUCUUUGACUGCAACGGGAGCUUUAGCAAGAGUGCAGAACUCAUUACAGAAGUAACGACAGCUCCAUGCAUUGUGUUCGGAAGGCUCUUCGCUUGGUUUGUUUCGCCAGAACAGCAUUCUGCAUUCACAUGCUUGCAGCAGUGUCGGCGCACUAAAUGACACGCUUCGUGUCUUCGUGUUGUUUCUGCAGGCAGAGAUUGAUGGAAGACGGGUCGAGGCACAUGCGACUGAGAGAAUGGCUGAUAGCACAGAUAGACAGCGGGGAAUACGCUGGACUGAGCUGGGAAAAUGAGGAGAAAACCAUGUUCAGGAUUCCCUGGAAACACGCAGCCAAACAGGACUACAGACAGAACCAGGACGCCGCACUGUUUAAGGCAUGGGCCAUGUACAAGGGUAAGUUUCAAGAGGGCAGGGACAAAGCAGACCCCUCUACGUGGAAAACGCGUCUGCGCUGUGCCCUCAACAAGAGCACAGACUUCCAGGAGGUUCCUGAGCGCAGCCAGCUGGAUAUCUCUGAGCCGUACAAGGUCUACCGGAUCCUGGACGACACAGGGAGAGCUGCAGACCCUGCUGGAAUAUCACUGGACAGUGACUGCAGCAAAGCCUUGAGAGACACACAUCUGCCCAUGCAGCAGGACAGUUCGCUUGGUGACUCAAACAAAGCUGCUGGAUGGAGUGUGAAUGGCAGGGCGUAUGCGUGUCCCAGCACAGGCACUAACUCCAUUCCUCUAUACCCGUCUCAGGUCCCCAUAACUGACUGCCGCCUGGAGGUGCGCUUGUUCUAUCACGGUAACCUGGUGCAGAAUCUCGUCACUACGUCUCCAGACGGCUGCUUCAUUCUGCAGGGCUGCGCUCCGGUGGGGAACGAGCGCAUCUACGGGCCUUGUGAAGCCAAGAAGGUCUUCUUCCCCUGUCCAGACAUUAUAAACCUGCCCCCGGGCAUCUCCGAAGCCAUGACCCGUCUUCUGCCGCACCUGGAGAAAGGUGUGCUGGUGUGGGUGGCCCCAGACGGUGUGUUCAUCAAGCGCUUCUGCCAGGGCCGCGUGUACUGGGACGGCCCUCUGGCAGAGCACAGACAGAAACCGAACAAACUGGAGAGAGAGAGGACCUGCAAACUCCUGGACAUGACCAUCUUCUUGCAAGAGUUACAAAACCACCGGCAGGGCACUGGUCCCGAGCCACAGUACACAGUGGACCUGUGCUUCGGAGAGGAGUUCCCUGACCCCAGCCAGCCAAAGACCAAGAAGCUCAUCACUGCACAAGUGAUUCCUCUGUUUGCUGUAGAGUGUCUCCGCAGGCAUAAUGCACCUAAUAAUGUGGAGAGGAAGCAAUCACCGCCACACAGGAAAACCAAUGAAUAAACAUACCUUAAUCAGAACAGCACACGUUUCACCAUCCCUGUGUAGGAAUUCACCAGCAAUGACAUGAGUAAAUUACAAUUAUAAUAAUAAAAUAUUAAUAAUACAAAUGGAAGUGUCUGUAUCUAA